AUGGGUACGAAAAUCAGCAAACAAGUAGCAGAGAAAGUCAUCGACGCUUGUGAAGAAGCAAAUGGCGCGGAUAGGCUCGACUCAAUUCUUCUCGAAAGAGCUGAAUUUCAACAGCUCCUAUUCGACCUUUGGAGUGAGAUACCUCCUCAGCUGCAAAGGUCGAUAACCGGUGUUACUCGAAAAGGACGCAAGCCCAAUUCCGAUUACGGUGAUGGGAAGGCCAGAGAACAUCGCGCUUUUAAGAGCUUAUGGGCUGCAUCAGGACCGAAGCUGGGUCAAGUUGCGAGAAGAACCCUUCGUCAAGGCUAUAAGGAGCCCAGGACAAUUCUUUACGACACAGCGAACAAUGUAGAUGCCGUCGAACAUAACGUGGUAAAUACUUAUCUCAAUUAUAUUUACCGCCUUGAAGAAAACCGUGAGCGUGAUACGAUUCGGUGGAGGCUUGGUUUGAUUCCGCUGUCCAACCUAGCUGCCAAAUUCACCAACAAGAAUAUGGAUACGAGCGAUUAUGAUAUGGUUGCGCAUCAGCUUACCUACUCCGGCCUCAUCGUUCGUAACAACGAAGAGAUCCGGAAGAAGCUCCCAUCUUGGAUAGGUGCUUCAAAAAGGUACAACAACAUAGCCCAGUCCCUGAAUGGUUCAGGUACCAUAUGUUGUCUGCCUGAAGAACCUGGUGACUCUUUAUGGCAAAAACAUCUGCCGAUGAACGGUGCGGUUCACAACGUAUGCAUGCAACUUCUUACAGAUGAAGGUAUUGGGGAAAUGGCAGCUAAGGACAUAUUUGCCGAUGAUGAAGGCCUAGGCAAAGUUACUGUCAAUAACGCUGCAGAGAGGAUCAUCGAGUUCUUUUCUUCCCGCUUUCGUGACUUGGAGUUUAUAAAUUAUCAGCCUCCACAGCCAUUUGAUGUGCUCGUGACAGCUGCAGCCGUUGCCUGUCGAGAAGCUUCUAGCUCAGACUUAAAUACAACACCUUCUGUCGCACUCCAUGGUUCUGGAAGAAAGAAAAAGCGAGUGCGCAAUUCUUAUUCCACGCGCAAACGUCGGCGCACCGAACCUUCCAGUAGAAAUCAGCUGACGUUCAGUUUCAAAAAUUCCAAUGUGUCUUCCAAUGGCUACGUCGAAACAGAAAGACAAACAUCCUAUGAAACCGACAGCUUCCAUAACUAUACAAGAUCAGAAAUCUCACAGAAGGGCGUACUACAAUGUCAAGAUUCACAAGAGAGGGUCUCCGAACUGGAAGUAUCGAAUGAGGAGAGUUCAGUCGAAUACUCUGCAGACAGAGCUAUGCAAGAAUCGCUAGGCAUCGAACCAGAUAUUGCCACCGUUCAAUUCGACAUACACCAUAUGCCUCUGACAAUAGAGAGCACCCAGAUCCCUUGUCUACAUGCAAGAUGUACUGGAGGUGAAGGACAUGAUCUUCAUUCCCUAUCUCUUCCCGGCAGUCAGCAUUCCCCAGGAUCGAACUCCUGCAAUGCUACACCAUCUAGCAAUUACUCCCCCCAAAAUGAGUGCCUGGGGAACACUUUAGACACAACGCAACGUAGCGCCACGGAUUCAAGAGGUAACAGUUUUCUGGACUGGGAAAGGGACUUUAUGAUACCUUGGCUGGAUUGGGAAAGAGAUUAUAAUAUGCCAUGGCUAGACUGGGAGAAAGAGUUUGAUUUACAAUGGGAACAAAUGGAAGGAAAUUGA